UGGUUGUUCACAUCAACAAAAUCAAAAACAAAAACAUGUAUAGAGAGAUAGAAAGAAAGGAGGUGCACGCAUAAUGCUUCCCGAUCAAGAAUGUGUGUACCUCUGCGUGAUCCUGCCACGUGAUCCCUCUCCGCAGGCAGAGGUACAGCGCGUCCACCCGACGUAUUACGCGAUUCCGGUGAUCGUGGGCGCCUCGUCUAACGUCAUCAUGCCGGCGUCGGCCCCGCUCGCCCUGCUGCACGAAUUGGCGCGGGUGUCCUUCUGGAGGCUGCUUCUGUUUGGCUUGCUCGCGAAGGCCAUCGUCCUGAGCAUGGUCAUCGUGAUGGUCAACGUGGCAGACAAGUACGGCAUUCUCAGCGCCCAGACGACACCGGAAUGAGCCGCUACCUUUUAGGGAAUCAUAUAUUUCGUUUUCGCACUCAACUGCCAUUUACUACAUCGUAAUGUGGAAAGCAGAUCUUAGCACAUGAACUGUACGCAACUUUAACUUUGUUUUCUCUGUUACUGUGGCAACUUCGCAACUACUCUUUUUGGGACACUCGCUGGUAAUGCAUCAGCGCCCCACACGCCUCCUCACCCUCGUCGUUUACAGGCGUUUCAUAUUAGUCUUUCCACCAGUACUGUUAACCAGUCUGUUUCUGUCUCGUGGGCAUUCUCUCUUUCUUUCCUUCCUUCUUUGUUUUGGUUCAAUCGGACAUUUCGUAUCUGUUGAAUGUGAAUCGAUGUUUGCUGGGCCUCGUUUAUUAUUUACUCAUUGUUACUGUACAUAGUGAAUAUAGCCAUCAGCUCAUCAUGAGCGCUGCGUACAUUACCACACACUGUGCAUCAGGACUGGCGACCCGGACCAUCUUUCCGCGAGUCUGCUCAGCGAGGGAGUCGGAUAUUGCAAGCCAACUUGCUCUAUCGUGUUAAGGAAGCGAAUCAUGCGACCUCCUGCGAUGCAGCAGCGGGGAAGACAAUGUUACCAGAGGCAAGAGGUCUCAUCACCACUGCAUGGUAACUAUAUAUUGCUACGCGAGACACCUAUGCCACCAGCAUGGACUACCGAUGUGUUGCAUUGCAGUUGGGGUAAACUGUGUAUUACGGCGCAGUCCACGUUAAAGUUUAGUGUGCGGUGAGAACUGGAUCUUUAGCGUGCGCAUAUAUAUUCCAUGAUGACAAUACGUGCGCUUCAAUUUUUUUUUGUCGGCGAAGGGAUUUGGAGAACUUGUCCUACGUGAUCGUGAGGCAUGGAAGUACAUGACCGGGACUUGGACUUGAAUCUGGAAUGUCAUACGCACGCAUUAUGCCCCAGAUGCUUUCCCUACAGAGAAGCAUUUUAUGCCUUUAACGCCUCAAGGAAACGUUCACGAAAUAAAAAAAUAUAAUACGCAUUUCAGGCCGCACAAUGUGGUGGCAGGGUCAUUUCACCUAAUAAAAUAUUCUAGUUUGCGUUGUCACUAGGGGAAACGGGGUGCGAGUGUCUUGUCUGAAGGGUUUCUUGUGUGUGCGGGCCGAACACUCGCUGCCAGCGACCGCAUGUUUUAACGUUACAAGGGAAUGCACAGCCAAGGUCUCUACACAAGUGACAAUGGCACACACAAAUGGUCUGCGGCAAGUUCUCGAAACGCCGCCAGACUGUCGCACAACUUUGGCACGCAGUAGUAGUGAGUACAAAUGAAUUGUGGCGGCUGUAAAACUAGGUUGUUUACUACUUGGUCUUUGUAAUAAUGCCGUCACAAGCUUUAAAUUGAAGUGAACUCGAGCUUUUCGGUAUGGCGGCCCUUAAAGGAUAACCCCCAGUUUGUUUUAUUUAAUAAUAAAAACAAGGCAGAAAAGAAGCGAAAAAUUCCUUAAGUGUGCACUUCCACGCGUCUCGUUC